AUGCACAACCACCUGCAGUUUAAACAAGUGCUCCUCCUCCUCCAUCAUGGCGCCAGACAGACACACUUUGCACUCACAUCAGUUCUCCGCAUCCCGGGCCCUGAGCUCAGCCCCCUCCGCAGGUCCUCCGCAGAUCUUUCCACUAUUCCCACAGCCACUAUUUCCAAGAGGAGGGAGCAGCAAAAGUCAGAAAGGGGAAAAUCUAGAGCUGGAAGCAAGCAAUGGUUUCGGACGGACGAUGACCACCGCUACUUUUCUGGGGUAACACAAUGGGAAAGUGCAGUAGUGUUCUUCCAUGACAAGUUGAGGGAGCUUGAACGCGCAGGCCACUCUACCUUAACUACAAGGCCGUGGAGCAAGUUGUACAGUCCAUUCCCCACGUUUUUUUCUAUUGAAUAA